UGCCCCCUGUGAUCUCAGGCCAGAGCGAGGAGUUCGUGGAGGAGGUUGGGGCAGUGCUGAACGGCUCCGUCUCACUGCAGUGUGAGGCCACGGGGACUCCGCCCCCGUCCGUGUCCUGGCUGCGGGAUGGGGAGCCCGUGGAGGAGGGGCUGCGCUUCCGGCUGCUGGAGGCCGGCCGGGUGCUGGAGGUCCAUGAUGUGCAGGUGGCAGACAUGGCCAGCUACCUGUGUCUAGCAGAGAACCACGCAGGAACAGCGGAGAAGCUCUUCAGUCUGACGGUUCAGGUUCCGCCGACGAUCAUUGGCUCGAAGGAGGAGCAGGUGAGCGUCAUCGAGGGUCACAUGGUGUCCCUGCUUUGUGACGUGCAGGCGUACCCCCCCCCAGAGAUCACCUGGACCCGGGACGGGCAGCUGCUGGCAUUUAGCACGGGGAUCCACGUGUUGCCAGGGGGACAGAUGCUUCAGCUGUCCAGAGCCAGGCUCCAGGAUGCCGGCCAGUACGUCUGCACUGCCACCAACGCUGCAGGACAGGAUCAGAAGAGCAUCGAGCUCAGUGUCUACGCUCCACCUACGCUGAAGCCACGUGGCAAUUUCGAGUCAGAGGUCGUGACCCCACAAGUUGGCUCGAACGUCUUGCUCCGGUGCGAAGCUCAGGGUACACCAGAGCCUGAGGUCACCUGGUACCACAACGGGCUCCAGAUGGUGCCAGGGGGCAGGCUGGAGAUAGAGGGCCACCUCCUCCAGAUUACAGGGGUGCAGGUGUCAGACAGUGGCAUGUACAUCUGUAAGGUUUCCAACAUCGCUGGGCAGGUUGACCGGAGCUUCCGUCUCACUGUCCAUGCACCCCCUGUUCUGGAGCACCCUCUAGAGGAGACCCUCACUCACACCGUUGGCUCCCAUGUCACACUGCUGUGCGAGGCCACGGGGGUCCCAGCCCCCAGCAUCACUUGGCUCAAGGAUGGCUCUUCUAUUG